UACAUGCCAUUUCCCAUUUCCCAUUUCCCAUUUCCCAUUUCCCAUUUGCGAUCAAAUUAAAAUUAAAUGUCUCUAGCACACGUGAAAUCCCCCAAACACUGUGCCAAUAAGCAAGAAGUGAAGGUUCAAAAGCGCUACAAGAAGCUGUUCCUUGGAGUAUCGGCAUUUUUAUCCACCAUUUCCUUGCUGAUACUGCUUCUCUGGCUCAUCCUGCGUCCCUCGAAGCCAGAAUUCAGGGUGAAACAGGCAGAUGUGUAUCAGCUGAACCUCAUAGACGACCUUCACCUCCUCAACUCAUCCAUCCAACUCACUCUCUCCUCAAAAAACCCCAAUCACAGGUUGGGAAUAUACUACGACAACCUUCAAGUGUACGCCGUUUAUAAGGGGCAACAGAUAACUCUCCCUACCUCUUUACCUCCUUUCUACCAGGGCUAUCAAGAAGGUAAUUUGCUCACCGCUUUCUUGGCGGGCAGCCGCGUACCGGUGGCUCCUUCCUUUGGAUAUGAAGUAGGACGGGAUCAGUCGGCGGGGCGGUUCGUGCUCAAUCUCAAAGCCAUGGGAAGGCUCCGAUGGAAGGUGGGGAGUUGGGUUUCUGGAGGCUAUCGGUUUAAUGUGAAUUGUGUUGCGGUGAUGCCGUUUGGGCCUACGCUCCCCACGCCUCCACUCACCCUAAACCAACCAGCUCGCUGCUCUACAACCCUUUAAGAGUUUCCUAAAUUCCAAUUCCAUUUCCAACUCCCUCCCCUCCCUUCUUUGCAUUCCGUACAUAAAUAUAUUUUACAUCUCUUCUCUCUUCUC